AUGUCUAACUCUCAAAAUAUUGACCUCAUUAACGCGGCUUUUACAGCCGUAAUGGGAACCCACAAGUUUAUAUCAGAAAAAGAACUUCGUGAAAGGCAAGCCCGUAACGAUGGUUAUGCGACAUAUGAGCAAGUUGACUUAAACUCAUUUCAUCAAAUCAAUCUUGUUGGUGAUAAUCUUGCUAAUUGUCAGCUCUCAUCUUAUCAAUCACAAAUUACCUACAAUACUGGUAAUAAUACACCAAUGAUUUUUGUGAAAACGCUCACUGGUAAAACUGUAGAGAUUGAAUGUGAAGGAAAUAAUACUAUUGACGUUGUUAAGCAACGAAUUCAAACUAAAGAAGGCAUUCCACCAGAUCAACAGAGAUUAAUUUUUGCAGGAAGGCAAUUGGAGGAUGGUAGAACGCUCUCCGACUACAACAUUCAAAGCAAAAGUUUAUUGCACUUAGUUUUGCGCCUUCGUGGUGGUGGAUGUGUAAUUAGUUAUUUAAGUGUGAGUACUUUGGAUCCACCAUAUGAUUACGAUUUUACAAAUAUUGAAGAUAUAGGAGCGACAUUUAUGCGAGGAUAUCUGCAAUAUAAAAGACCAUGUGGAUGGAAACGAAUCGCUUUAAAGGUUGCUGGGAGGUAUGAUGACGGUGAUAAUAAAUGGCUUGGCACCGAUAAAAAUGCUUGGCCAGUAUCAUAUCAUGGUACUGCUAAACAUAAUGCAAGGUCAAUUGCUGAAGAUGGUUAUUUAUUAAGUAAAGGAAAGCGGUUUGCUUAUGGACGUGGCAUUUAUUCAACACCCGACAUACAUAUAGCUGAACAAUAUGCGACUGAAUUUGAAUUUGAAGGAAAUAAAUAUGUGAUGGUAUUUCAAAACAGAGUAAAUCCUGUUAAUCUGCAACAGUUUCCUGUUGGAAAUGGCGAGUAUUGGGUUUCUGAAAAAGGUGAAGACGUCAGGCCAUAUGGAAUCUGUAUUAAAAGAAAGCAAUAA